AUGAUACUGAUGGAAGGAAUGCUGUCGGCGCCGCCGGAGCGGAGCACCAUUAUCGGGAGGGCUGUGUGGAAGCCUCGAUAUGUUGUUCUCGGGACUGGGGCGCAUUUAAAAACCCAAACAAAUAUUCUUUCCGAGAGCUCGAGACGCUCCUCGACUGCGCGGAAAGGCGCCCUUAAGUCGCCAUCCUCGAAACCGAGUCUGGUCGACGUUGCACAGUCGGAGCCGGACGGACAGGAACGACAAUUAUACAUCUCGGUCUACAAAGCAAAGGUGGGUUACCCCUUGGACGCCGCUGGAAACACACGCUUAUCGAUGCAGGGCGAUUGGGAAUUUAUCUCACAGCAUCCUCUCUCUGCCUUCAAAUCCUGCGAGGUGCGAACAUUACAGCAUCGCAAGCAAGGCCCUACACAGCCGACGCUGGUGCUUGAAAUGAAGCCCGGAUCGGCGUCCGACAAACAACGAAAGCGAAGGUCGAGUAGAACCCCAGGACUGGCGUCGUCCAAAGACCCGUGGGCAAAUGCCCUCAUUUUUCGAACGGUUGAAAGUGAGCGUCACAGUAUAUAUAACUGGCAGAGCUGUAUAGGACCGAAACUCACCUCGGAGACUCCCGAAGAUAGCCCCCUCACGCCCGCAAGCCCGUUAUUCAACAUGUUUUCGAACCCAUUCGGCUCAAGAGAUUCGAAAACCACCCUAGAAUCUAGUGGACGAUCGGAUUUUCAACGUGGACCGUCGAGCCAAGCAACGAAUACAUAUCCACAGUCGCCGAGAGACAGAGACAGGCCGACACGACUGAUCUCCCCAUCUCCUAGUCUCCGAUCGCGACGAUCAGACCUUUCAUCCCAAGCAAGCUCGUUACACCCUCCGAUGGGGUUCACGUCCCAUUCCCAAAAUUAUUCGCCUACCCUACCUCCAGAUCUUCCAUCCCCUGCCUCCACCGCAUACGAUACCCAAUUUAUCGAAGGUUGGACAUCAGCGCAGGGGCGAUCCUCAGCUCUCUCUUCGCAUACGAGGGGUAGUAACAGCAUUGCUUCUGCUGUUAUGCCAAUGGGACAGGUUGCGUCCACGUCUCCGGUACCGCGUGAAACUAUCCUGGAUAGAGCGUUUCAGAUGAGGUAUAUACCGGGCAGUGACAGAGCGACAGAUAAGGAAGAUGAGAAGAUUAGCAGCAUAGCGCGCUUUGAGGCACUUAUGAAAGAGGUGGAUGAGCGGAAGAAGCAAAGGGCAGUUGAAAAUCUACGUGGAUCAAACAAAAAUCAAGGGUGGGAUUUAGACGAAACACUAGAAAUAUCCGACCCCGACACAGACAAUGAGGAUGACGACGAUGAUGAUGGCCUUGAAAUGUCAGACCAUAAUAUCGCUAUACAGACUCCAGCCCAAAGAGCGCUCGAUUACAUAGCAGGCAGAGCCCCACCUGCGACCUCUUCACGACCCAAAUCACCACCAACCCCGCGCAGUCCAAUACCAUUUCUCAAUCCCCAAGCUAUGUCGGCAUUCCACGAUGGACCCUCCGCUAACAGCGGUUUACGGCCUCGCACCGGCACGACCUCCUCACGAAACAGAACUAGUCGCCCAAGCUCCAUGGCCCUCCCACCCCGCUCCCUUUCCACAGCGGCAGUACCGACUUUGAAGGACUGCAGCAACCUUAAAGCAAGCCCCUCGGACGAUAAGGAGAAGAGGCGAAGCAGCACUAGUGCGAAGAGGCUAAGUUUCCAGGAGUUCACGAAACGAUUAAGCUCGACGAGUAGUCUCCUACUCGUGCAAACGAACGCUAGCUCCUCCUCGGGAAGAGACGGCAGUAGGAGAACAAGCAGCGAGUAUGGCUUUGAGAGCGAGGACCGAUUUCGAGGUUCCGUGAUGGGAAGCACUGCCGACAGAAGCAGCAUGGACAAGAGAUGCGGAUGGAGAGGCAGCGUCGGUGUAUUCGGCGGCGAAGGCGGUUUCCUCUGA